AUGGAGAAAAAGAGAAAUGUGACCGAAUUCAUUUUAAUCGGUCUUACCCAGAAUCCUCAAAUGCAAAACGUAGUGUUUGUGGUGUUUUUGGUUGUAUACAUGAUAACUCUUUCAGGCAACCUGCUCAUUGUGGUUACUCUUACCACCAGCCAGGCUCUGAACUCCCCCAUGUACUUCUUCCUGACCCACCUUUCCUUGAUAGACACAAUUUAUUCUUCUUCCUCAGCUCCUAAGCUGAUUGUGGACACCCUUAACAAGAAGAAAAGUAUCUCCUUUAUUGGGUGCAUGGCUCAAGUCUAUGCUGAACACAUUUUCGGUGCUACUGAGAUUAUCCUACUGAUGGUGAUGGCCUAUGACCGCUAUGUGGCCAUCUGCAGACCUCUUCACUACACAACCAUCAUGAGCCACAGGCUGUGUAUUGUCCUGCUGGGAGUGGCCUGGACUGGAGGAUUUCUCCAUGCAACCAUUCAGAUUCUUCUUAUUGUCAGGCUGCCUUUCUGUGGCCCCAAUGUCAUAGAUCACUUCAUGUGUGACUUGUACCCUUUAUUGAAACUUGUCUGCAUGGACACUCAAACCCUUGGCCUCUUUGUUGUAGCCAACAGUGGGUUCAUCUGUCUACUUAAUUUGCUCCUCUUGUUGGUCUCAUAUGCAGUUAUCUUGUGCUCCCUAAAGCACUAUAGCUUGGAGGGUAGGCGCAAAGCCCUUUCCACUUGUGUCUCUCACAUCACUGUAGUUGUCUUAUCUUUUGUGCCCUGUAUCUUUGUGUAUCUGCGCCCAGCGACCACUCUGCCCAUUGAUAAAGCUGUUGCUGUCUUUUACACUAUGGUGGCCCCUAUGUUAAAUCCCUUAAUCUAUACCCUCAGAAAUGCUGAGGUAAAAAAUGCUAUGAGGAAACUCUGGAGGAAGAAAGUGACUUCAAAUAAUGAUUAA